GACUGAAUGACAAUGAGUUGAACCGACCGGAAAUAAUGGCGAAUACUGAUUGUAUUGAGUCACAAGUGCCUGUACUUGAGUCUGCAAGACCUGCAAAUGACGAUGUAUCAACGGAAUCGUCGAAAGAAAUUCAAUUGGCGAACAAAGAGUUGGCAAAUGCACAGAGGACUAGAAAGUCUACAAAGUCAACCAACAAGUGCGAGACUUGCUUGAAAAUUUUCCAAAAACCAAUAGACCUUCGGCGUCACAUUCGGACCCAUACUUUAGAAAAGCCUUUCAGCUGUUCCAACUGCCCGAAGUCGUUCAGCCUCAAAAGCACUCUACAGAAUCACAACAAGAACAAACACUCCGACAUGAAAGAGAUGCAUUCCUGUACGGUGUGUUGGAAGGCAUUCUCGUCGAAACAUGCGGUCAUCACCCAUUCGCUAAUCCAUUCCAAUUCGCGUCCAUUCAAAUGCGAGUACUGUACGACGACAUUUAGAACGCGCGGCCACCUGAAAAUCAAUCAGCAAAUCCAUCUGAGGGAAGGACGAAAGUUAUGCGUGAAUCCAUCGGAGAUUAAAACGAAAAAAGAGAAAGCGAAACUGUUGCCGCUGAUAAAUGUGAUGCAAGAGUUUGGUGACCCGAAUGUUUACGAAGAGUUUGUCGAUCCGAAUAUGAGUGGAUACGUUGAGGAAAUGCCAGAUUCAACGGUAUUUAGAGUGGAACGAUCGGACACCGACACUGACAACCACAUGGUUAAUACAGAAUCUCUAACACAUACAAUUUACCAGUGCUCCUUUUGCCCGGAACAAUUCAACGACAAGGACAAUUACAGUGCCCAUGCAGCUAGUUACAAAGAUAACCUUCGUUGUCCUGAUUGCCACAAAGUUUUUACAAGCCAAGUCUACUGAAGCGACACAUGAUUGUGCAUUACGGUCGUAAGGAAUUUACGUGCAAAAUUUGCCAGAAAUCUUAUACUCAGAAAGCGACCCUGCAAGCUCA